CUUUUGAUCUGCGUCCAUGCCAAUGUUCAGUCACGGACCAGCCCCCUCCCCACCAUGAAUCCACAAGAGCAGCCCCCCUUAAUCUUGACCUGGGGGAUUCUCUCAAAAGGUCGGAUAGCCGAAAAGUUUGCCCUCGAUAUCCUCAACUCACGCCCUUGCUCACCUAUCGACCACACCCUCACUGGAGUGGCAUCCUCCACCUCUCUAUCCACAGCUUGCACCUUCCUGGAGAAAAUCCCGGUCUACAUUGCCACGCCACAUUCCCACCACUACCAGAAUGCCAUGAUGGCACUCGAGGCCGGAAAGCAUGUUCUGAUCGAGAAGCCAAUUACACGGUUAUUUGUGAUGGAGGGCUUGUGGACAAGAUUUCAACCCAUUGGCUGUGCCUUCCGCGAGGUACUCGGGGAGGUUGGGACGGUCCGGAGAGUGUGGGCCGACAAUGGCUUGGGCAUGGAGAUUGAACGCCAAUUUCUGACCGGGGAUCGCCUGAUCACAUUGGACUUGGCUGGAGGAGGGUUGCUCGAUUUGGGGAUCUACUCUUUGAACUGGGUAUUGCAGGCACUCGGCCCGCGAAGGGAUUAUGCACCGCACGCCGUAGCCUCGGGGAUGACGAAAGAUAGAAGCACCGGGGUCGACGAGACAACAACUAUUCUGCUGAGGUUCGCGGCCGAGAAAGACGAUCAUGAGGUUCAGGCCAUGGUUGCCUCCUCUCUUCACUGUGCGACCGACACGGAUGGCACGACACCCUGUGUCCGUGUCCAAGGCGAUAAGGGAGAGAUUCAAGUAUUUGGAUGGCCCUGGCGACCGUCAAGGAUCCGGAUUUUUGCAAGAGAACAAGGGUUUGGCACUAUCGGCAUGGUGAGGAAAGAGAUCCUAAACCGUAUGCCGGACCAGGUGUAUGGGCUAGUCUAUGAAGCAGAUGAGCUAGCGAGAUGUGUACGGAGUGGGAGAGUGGAGAGUGAGACGAUGAGCUGGAACGAGAGCCUGGCUACCCUGAAGAUCAUGGACCAGGUCAGAAAGGAAAAUGAACUGUGGUUUGGGGAAGAGGCGGAGACGUUGGUGUAUCCCGUGGCCCAGUAGCCAGCAUCGUAUCUGUGCUACAUCCAAUCCGGUCAUUUGCUCAUCGUCAAACAGGAGUAUUUCCAAGGCUACUAAGCACAUUGUAAAACCCCCCGAGGGCCAAACAAAAGCAAGACAUCGUGUUAGCUGAAGGGUAGCCCGCUUACGCGAUGGUGCCACUCGCCGGCAACAAGAAAAUAUAGCAAGACUCUCAUGGUGAUAGUAAAAGCCAAAGCCAAGGCUUUGAGAGAUUUAUGGCCGAUCGCAGCUCCGGCUAGUUUUCGUAAUUCCCCG